CACCAGGCUCCGCCCACGAAUUCUUUUAGAGGUCACUGACGAGCCCAAAGGGGCGUAAGUAACUGCGCUUGUAAACUCUAGCAGGAAGCUAGCAGUCGCCUCUAAACCCAGAGAAGGGGAAACAGGAAUCGAUUAGGAAUGAAGGAUUAUAAUCAACUUUCCUUCUCAGGAAAAGCUGGGAACCUUCUCAUUUUGACUCAUGAAAACUAAGCUGAGCUGACUUCUGCCGAAUAUCUGUUAAUUAGGCAAAAUGGGCCUCUUGCCCGCCAUUUGACUUUGCAGCACAGCCAGUUCUUUUUUCCCGCUGCAGCUGAUUGGCUCUGGAGUGUGGUCAGAGCCUCUCUCCCGCAAUUAAAGGAGUCGGGUCUCUAAUUGUUGAUCUGUUGGGUUUUUUUUUCUCCGCUUCUGACCAAUGGAGCUUACCAUCUUUAUCCUGCGACUUGCCGUUUACAUCCUGGCAUUUCCCAUGUACCUGCUGAACUUUCUGGGCUUGUGGAGCUGGAUGUGCAAAAAAUGGUUCCCCUACUUCUUGAUGAGGUUCUCUGUGAUGUACAACGAACAGAUGGCAAGCAAGAAGCGGGAGCUCUUCAGCAACCUGCAGGAGUUUGCAGGCCCCUCCGGGAAGCUCUCCCUGCUGGAGGUGGGCUGUGGCACCGGGACCAACUUCAAAUUCUACCCACCUGGGUGCAGGGUGACCUGUAUUGACCCCAACCCCAACUUUGAGAAGUUUUUGAUCAAGAGCAUUGCUGAGAACCGUCACCUGCAGUUUGAGCGCUUUGUGGUAGCUGCCGGGGAGAACAUGCACCAGGUGGCCGAUGGCUCUGUGGACGUGGUGGUCUGCACCCUGGUGCUGUGCUCUGUGGAGAGCCAGGAACAGAUCCUCCGCGAGGUGUGCAGAGUGCUGAGACCGGUGAGUGAAAGGGUGUGAGGAGGACUGAUUAGUAGC